AUCAGACUCGCUACGAAAACUGCACUUUUAAGUGACUGUCCCAGAAGGGAAGCGCCGAAAUGAUGGCUUCAUGUCAUAUAGCUAGUUAGUGGUUGUAUGUGAUGAGCAACGUAUUGCAAACUAAAACCAUUUAUUUUCAGCCACUUUAGCUUCACGGCCGCUAGCUAAGCCCAGCUAACGUUAACAGGUUAGUAACGUUAGCUAUAGCCAGUGAGCUGCUAGCUAACACUAAAGCAUGGUGGUUCUGCUGACACAGCCCGCCUUUCUGUAGUCAAAUACCGCUAAAAUGUUUACGGACGAAUCGCUCGAUGUUGUUGGUGUCCAGUCAUCGUGGAAAACGUCCCACCAGCGAGCACAAGAGUCGAAAACCUGUCAAACGAAGCCAGUGCGUACUGCAGAAGCUGAAGCUCAGGUCAGAUCUGUUCAGGACUGUGGAGCUCAGACAGAUCCGCAUGAGCAGCUCCCACAACCGCAGCUCUCAUCAGACCCACCUGGGCUGGAGGACUUCCUGCGCAGAGUCGAGGAUGUGGUCAUCAGGGAACUGGUGAAGAACUCAAAGAGCCACGCUUUUGACGGGUUUGAAGUGAACUGGGCUGAUCAGCAUCAGACGGUGUCCUGCUUAUACUGUCUCGGACAUCCUGACGCACAGCAGAGGGGUCUGCAAGUCACCAGUGUGUCUUGGAACUGCACAGCUUCUGUUAUUGCCUGUGCUUAUGGCCGUGUUGAUAAUGGAGACUGGAGCACCGAGAGGUCCUGCGUGUGCACGUGGAACCUGGACAGAAGCAGACUGAAUCCCAAACAGCCAGACACGGUCAUAGAUACGGCAACACCUGUCAUGUGUGUGUCCUUCCAUCCCCUGCGGCCAUCUCUGAUCGCUGGAGGGCUCUACAGUGGAGAAGUAAUCAUCUGGGAUACAAGUCGCACUCAAGACCCUGUUUUUGCUCAAACAGGGAUGUCGCCAGAUACUCACAGAGAGCCAGUAUAUGAGGUGAAAUGGGUUCCAGGGACUCGUAGAGGAGAACUAGCUGUCCUGAGUGCAUGCUCUGGCGGCCGAAUCCUGCUGUGGAGCGUAGAUGGAGUGGAGGGUAAACUGACCUUAACUUCUGGAUACGCUCUUGUCCGGCAGCAGGUCCCACAGAGCGGUUCAGUUAGCAAGUUGCAGACUAGCGGUGGCACGAAUAUAGGAGUCACCUCUCUAACACUUUCACCCUGGGACACAGACACAUUUCUUGUGGGCUCAGAAGGGGGCAUGGCGCUCAAAUGCUCUUUCAGCAGUCAGACAGUAGCAGCAGUUCCCCCUGAUGGGGAGAGUGUGACAUUGCGUUCACCUGCACAGUUCUCUUUUUCACCAAGAGGUGGCCCAAUACAUUCGCUUCACUUCUCCCCAUUCCAUAGAAACCUGUUUGUGAGUGUUGGGACAGAUGGCUUGGCCCAUAUCCACAGCAUACUGCAGCCCCGACCCCUGCUGACUCUACGAGUGUCUGACUCUUAUGUGUUUGGAGUGCGAUGGUCACCUGUCCGCCCUCUGGUUUUUGCUGCAGUCACUGGACAAGGUUUGGUGCAAGUGUUCGAUUUGGGUCGGAGGUCACUCAGGCCAGCAGCCACCAUUGACCAGAACAUUGGAGGACAGCCAGCAUAUUGUCUGGAGUUCAGCCCCCAGCAGCUCCUGGCAGUGGGCAAUGCUGAGGGAUCAGUCAAAAUUUGGCAGCUGAGUGCAGAAUUAACAGAGCAGGGCUCCAAAGAGAGUGCAGUUCUGGAGCAGCUGGCAAACGAGGUGGCAGAAUGAACUGAAAGGCAGAUUUUGUUGUAAUGCUGCCUGAUCAUGAAAACCAAGACUUCCUAAUUUUCUGAAAUUGUUGCUUCAUAAAUUUUUGUCCAUUGUAAGAAUGUGUAGUCAUGUGCAAAAGUGUGAAUACUCCUGGUCAAAUGACGUUUUGUUGAUUUUCAAAGUAAAAAUGAUCAUUUACAGUGCAGAUUUGAUUGCAAUUUCUAUUUAUUUGAGUUUAACAUAAUAGAAAAAAAGAAACAAAAUGUACCAUAACUUUUGCACAGGCCACAUUUUAUGGUUUGUCUUUACCAACAUGUUAAAAACUAGCAAAGAGUAAUUGUACAUGUGCAGCAUGUGUGGAAAUGUGUAAAAUUAAACUGUUCCAUACAACUGUGCAUUCACUGUGUAAAUGUGUUUUACCUUUUGCUGCUAAAUAAACUGGUCCUUUAGAAUUA